AUGGCAUCCCCCUCCCCCGCAGCAAACGCCCUCAUAGCCAAGCUCGACGCGUUCUACAACGCCCUCCUCGCCUUCCAAACUAACACAAGCGACGAGAACCUCCAACGCCUCGGCGCAUUCUUCGCCCCCAACUGCACCGCCGAGCCGCGAAGCAUGCGCCACUGGAAGCACCGGGCCAUCGGCCGCGACGCGGCGAUGCAGGCGUACCGCGAGAUGCUCGGCGAGCAGGUUCUCAAGGAGCGAAGAGUCGUUUCGCAGGUUGCUGUUGCGGACGCGGAUGCUGCUGCUGGGGGCCCGAGGGUAUACUGUGAGAUGGCGAACCGGUAUGAUGUGCAGGGCUUGGAGCUCGAUCCAAUGCUCGAGACGGUCGUGGUGCGGUUUAGUAAUGCGCUGGGCGGGGAGAUUGUGGAGUGGAAGACGUAUAAUUGUCAGAGUCCGGUUGCGGCGCUGACGCAGCAGGCGACGGGGAAGGGACUUUAUGCGAAUCUUGAGCUUGUGAUGGAUGAACACAUGCCUGAGAAAUGUGAUGGCAGCUGUUAG